GGAGACGCAAACCGUUGUGUUUCCGCCACUAUUUGAAAACAUUGCCUGUCCAUACAUGUCAAAAGUUUAUAAAUUGUAGAAUAUUAACUUAAAAUAAUGAUUUGAUAAAUCAGGAGAUGAAGAUCUAAGUAAUAUUUAGAUAGAUUGCCAAUAUCAAAAGGUAUAUGCAUAUGAAGAAAAGAUAAUUAGUACUACGCAAAAUGUCUAGCAGCAAUAAAACUUCAGCACAGGCCCAGCAGAAGUUUACAAAUCUACGUAAACGACUUGACCAGCUUGGAUACAGACAAACUUUAGGAUUAGAAUCCCUGCCACUUGUAGAAAAGUUAUUUGCUGAUCUUGUUCACACAACAGAAAGUUUAAAAAAUGCUAAACUACAGCUUGGAAAAACAGAGGUAGAAACCAAGGAUGUAGACAGUGCCAUUGAACCUUACAAGAGUGACAAUGCUAAGUUAGUAAAGGAAAAUAAUGAUCUCCAUCAGCAGAUCAUCAAACAGAAAGACGAAUCAGAUGCAAUAGUCAGAGAGUUGAAAGCAUCUUUAAGAAAACUUGAACAUGAAAAUGCUGAUUUAAAGUUCUUGAAUAAUCAGUAUGUACACAAAGUCAAACAACUUGAAAAAGAAUCCAGGGAGAAAUCUGACAGAAUUCUUCAUCUUCAGGAGAAAAACUUCCAUGCUGUUGUUCAGACACCAGGGGGUAAGAAGAAGAGCAUACCGUUCCGUCGACAGAGAAUGGAGAUUGAUUGUGCUGUUCCCCCCACUGAUGGCCUGAUUAAGCAGGCGUUUGCUGCAGCAGAUGACCCUUAUGUUGCUGACUUACUUCAAGUGGCAGACAGCAAAAUUGCAGAGCUGGAGAAAAAGGUUAACAUUGUCUGCGAUGAGAAGGAUGUGCUGGACAGAAAAUUGAAGAGCUUCAAGCAACAGGUUGCCAACAGGGAUGAGGAGAUAGAGCGUCUAAACAGAAUGUUGGAAGGUGGACGACCAUCGGAUGUUGUGGCCCUGGAGGCCCGCAACAGGGCUAAUGAACGCAUGAUAUCACACCUUAAUAUUCAGAUUGACUUCCUGCAGCAAAAAACAAGAGAGCUCGACAGGAAGUACCAGGAUUCCAAUGCUGUCAAGGAGGAUCUGGAGGUCAAUCUGAGUAAGAGUAGACUGACCAUUAAAGAUCAGGAGGCACAGAUCAAAGAAUUAGAGCUUGAUCUCAGGGAUAUUGAUCGGACAGCCAAAAGGCUGGAGUCGGACAAGAACCAUGUUGUGCGAACAGCUGAUAGAGAAAUGAUGGAAGCCAAGGGUGAGCUAGAGAAAUCAAGACAUGAACUGGAGGAUUUGGAUCUCACAAUAGCGCAGUACAAAGCUGAGACUCAGAGGUUAAGCAAGGAGAACAGUGAUGUUCAAGCUCAGCUGUCUGUCAAGAAUGGAGACUUGCUCCGGUUAGAGGAACUACUGGACCGUGUCCAGGAGGACAAGAAACGCCUUAGCAACCGCUGUAACAAGAUGAUGACCAAUGAAAAAGAACUAGUAUUGGAAAUUGAAAGACUGAAAAGAAAGAAUGGUCCCGCAACCACUGUGAAUGGCAAAAAAGGAAAGUCAGCCAGUAAACUAGAUGCCUUCAUCCGAAGUAUCGAGGAGGAGCGGAACUAUUACAAAGACCAGACUGAGGCCCUCCAGAAAAUGGUACGGGGAGAGAUUCCAUCUCGCAGCCGAAGUCCUGUCCGAUCCCGACCAUCUUCACGCAGUGGUAGUCCCAUCAGAGAUGUGGGCAGCAAGUCAGAUAAAAAGACGGUGGCACAGUAUGAGACCAUUAUCCGAGUGAUGGAGGAGGAGAGGGAUUACUACAAGAAGGAGUAUGAGGUUCUGAAGGCUGUGAAGAAAUCUGCCUCCUCAGCCCGAGCCACGCCCACCAAGAGCUUGACAUCAGAUGACCCAGAGCUUUCAAAGAUUAUCAGGGAAAGAGAUGAUUUGAAGUCCCUGUUGGACAAAUUUGAAAGGCACAUGGCAGAGAUUCAAGCCAAUGUGAAGGUCCUAACUGCAGAAAGAGAUAAGCUAAACACAAUGUAUGAGGAGACCAAAGAUGAGCUCCAUAGGGUGAGGAGGGAGCUUGUAAAAUCCCCCAAGUCUCCUAAGACCUCCCUGGCUGCUCAGGCCAUUCUCAGGCGUGUGGAAACGGAGAGAGAUGAUGCCCUACAGGAUUUACGACGUAUGUCUACAGAGAGGGAUAGUUUGAGGGAGAGGCUAAAGAUAGCCACGGAGUCAUCACUGUCUGACAGAGCCAAGUUAGAGCAGAAGAUUGAGGAUCUAGAUACUGCACUGCAUCAUGCUGAAGUGGAGAAGAAUGAGAUGACCUUGAGAAUCAGCACUCUGAAAGAGGACAUCAGGAGCUAUGAGGAUCAAGUGAAGGAACAGGCCCUGAGGCUCGGCCAGUCCCAGGACAGCCAUGCUCAGAGCAGAUCUGCAGCGGAGCAAAUGAAAAUGAUUGCUGAGGAAACUGAGAAAUCUUUGGAAGACACACAGAGGCGACUUGCUCAGAGAGAACGGGAACUCCACCACCAAGAGGAGCGAGGAGUUGCCCUGGAGGAAAAGUGUGCAGAACUCAAACGUGCCUUGGAAAUGGCCAAAGAUGACAUCAGUCAGCUUCGUGUGACCAUUAAUGCUAUGGACAGAGAAAAGGAUUCCCUACAGCACACAGUGGAUGAAAAGACAGAAAAAACAGCUCAUCUCAAUGAAGAUAUUUUACAUAAGGAAAAACUGAUGAGUGACCUCAAAAUCCGAGUGAGUGAACUUGAAGCACAAUUAGAGCAUGCUAAUGAUAAUCUGAACUUAAAAGAACGUGAAGUGAAUAGCAUGCGUCGUCAGUUAGACAGCACAUCGGAGGAUCUGAGUGAGUCCAGUCGAAGUAAAGACAUCGCUCUGCGAGAGAAUCGCCGUCUGCAGGAUGAUUUGGCAGUAAUGACAAGAGAAAAUCAGAAGCUUAACUCUGAAUUACAAGAGACACUAGAGGACAAGGAAAAUCUUAAACAUCAAGUGCAGGACUACAUGAUGGAGGUCAAACGCAUCGAGGAUGUCCUGGCCAGAAAAGAGAAUGAAAGAACAGAUUUGUUGGAUCAGUACAGAGCUCUGUCUGCUGAAGCUGAACAGUACCAGACCUCAACUCAUCAACUGGAGAGUGAGGGCUCGAAUUUACGCCUCGAGCUCAUGACAAAGGACUCAGAACUCAGGAGAGCUAGGGAUAAGCUGGACAAUCUUGAAAGAGAAAUUCAAGAGCACUUAAAUGCAGAGCAAGCUUACGAGUUACAGGUGUCCAAUCUGACCCGAUCUGUGGGUAACCUGGAGGAGGCCAUGAGGCAGACAGAGGAGGACAAACAGAACCUCCUGGAUGACCUGACCGCUGUCCGAGAACUCUGUGCCAAGUUGGAGGGCACCAAGGAGUCCAUACAUCGUCAACUCACUUCUGCCUCACUGGACAAGGAGCAGUUGACGAGUUUGAUUGAUGACAUGAAGCAGGAGACGGAACUCCUGAAGCAGCAGCUGGGAAGUGAAAGGACCAAUGCCAAGAACCUGGAGAGCCUGUUACAGAACAACAGGGAAAAGGAGUUCCAGACCCAGCUUGUCCAUCAGGAGAAGUCCUCAGAGAUCCAGAUGUUAAAGGACAGACUGGCACUCAACGAAAGCAAAAUACAAAGCCAAGGACGUGAAAUUGCAUCACUGAGAACCAGAAAUGUUGAACUGGAGGGAGAUGUUGAGAGACUGCGUCGUAACUUGACCAGUGAGAAGUUUGAAAGAGAAAGAGCUGUACAGGAACUUCGUCGUCACAACAUUGCCCCACCCAUACCCACUAUGGAGUACAGCAGUCAUCCAGGUUACUCCAGAACUUAUGCUUCCAUGACAAGGUCAAGGUCACGAUCCAGAUCAAGAUCACCCAGUCCAUCCAGAUACAGAAGCCCUGACACAUCCUACCUGAAUUCAUCUGCAAGAAGAACUCGCAGUCCUGAAAGAAGCAGCUACUUAGAUGACCCAUCAGAAACAUCGACCAAAGGCAUUGGGCAGGAUGUCUUAUGAUCCUCACAAAGCAGCAAAAUAACCUCACCAACUUAGAAACAGUUACACUUGUCAGAUUAUAUAUAUAUUUUAUAUAUGUUCAGUAUGCAUGUAGAUUUUUACACAAGGUUGAGUAAAUUGUACCAUGUAUGCGGUGUGCAAGAAAUCCACUGCCCCAGACCCGAUUCAACAUUCUGUGAUAAGGAGAAAGUGUUACUAACAUUCCAAUGCCAGCAAUUCAAAUUUAGAGAGAGGGAAAGAAUUAAUUUCUGGUGGAUAAAUUCUUUAGAGAUGUUAUAGUCUGUCAUGGUGUAGAAGGUCUCCUUAAUACCUAGCUACUUGAUAUUUUAGAUAUUUAUGUCUGUGAUAUUUCUUAGAUUUACAAUCAGUGCUGUACUGAUGAAUUCCAUGUACUCAAUUCUUUCUCUUCAAUGUUCAUGAUUAUAUGAUUUUCUGUUAACUUUCUAUCAUAGAAAGCUGUAUCCAGAGCAUGGUGUAAAUUUUGAAUACACUGUACUUAGAAAGUUGAUCUGUGUGGGAUGAUUAUGAAAGAUGAAAAAUGUCUUCAGUUUUCAAUUGUUAUUUCCCAUUAGUUAUCUUUAUUUUGUACAAUUCAAGCUGUCCGUCCGUCCAUUCAUUAAUUUUUUAAUAUUGCCAGUUUUGUUUGAAUUUGUUUUAUUGAUUUUUUUUUAUAUUUAGUUAAACACUUUUACUCUUUGUAUUAGUAAUUUAUAUGCAUUUUUGUUGUAAAUUUGAUGCCAUACAAUGGACAUAAUCUGUAGCAAUAUCGUGCAUGCAUUUGUCAGAGCAAAUUAAUUUAUAUCUAGGUUCAAAAUUAGCAUUUAGUUUAUUAUUCAUGUCUAUGCAUAGAAAGUGCUGAAAACGGGGGUAGAAAACAUCAAAUUUGUUUCACUAAAAUUCUUGGAACAUGGACACUUAUUUUGGUGUUGAAGAGUGUGUAAUUUUUUCCUUUUGUGUUUUGACUGUAAACAAAUACUGGAUUGUGAUGGAAACUGUCGUGUACGAUAUGAAGUUUUUCACAGUUUAGGGUUGUACUACGGUACACUGCAUCUGUUGCAAGAGACAUGUACUGUUACAAUCUGAGGGAGCGGCAAAUUCAUAAAUCAUCCAAGUCACAGGAUUUGUUAGGCAGUCUGACUUUAACACAAGUGGUUUCUUCUUUCAGUACUAAAUAUUAAUUUAUAUCAAAAAGCAUAUUUAUGAAAUAAAUUAUUUAUAUUGAAA